ACUGUCUUUCCGACACAACCAAAACCCACAUUUUUAAUUCACUCCGUCUAUUUAUUUAUACAUAUUGAUAUAUACAAGUAUAUAUAUAUUUUUUUUUUUAUGUUCAUGCUUAAGUUUUGUGACAAUGACCGUCAACAUAAAAGUGACUGUUUUAUUAAUAACUAUUAAUUUUUUGUGUCAUUGUUAUUGUUUUGAAGAUGCAAUUGUCUUGGAAGUGUCAUCGGAGCCGCGAACGGGGCAACGUUAUUUAGAUUGGACGGGAAAGAAACAACCGGGAGGACGUUGUUUGACGUCAAAAGGUGAAGUGGGAAACUGUACGACCUUCAAAGAAUGUUAUCCGUAUUUUAAAAUUCCUGAUUUGGGUGCAUUGGAUGGAUGGGUUCUAGGAGUUUAUGAUACCUGUAGUUAUACGCGUGAUGAUGGACGAAUGGGUUUUGGUAUUUGUUGUUCGGGAACUCCUUCAACGACACCAGUAAUUACUACUGAGGAAUUGGUUCCUAUUGAAGAUCCUGAGGAAUACGAAUCAAAUGUAAAACCAGCAAAACCUAUAGGCCUAGCACCUAAACCACCACUAGGAUCAUGGCCUCCUCCAUUACCAACUCAUUCACCCGAUAACACAAUCCCUCCACUGCCUACCCAUCCAUCAUCUACAUCCUCUUCAUCACAACCAACGAGCUCAGGAUCAGACCGACCAUUAUCCGACGAGUAUUCAACGACUUACAAACCCCCAGUCAGUUCAAUGACGAGCAAAAAACCAAGUUCAACAACCUGGCCAACUAAAAAACCUGGCUGGUGGCCGGGUGCCACGACAACGAAACCUAUAACUACCAGUACAACCACCGGGUCAACGAUUGUUAGCUCUGGUGAUUGUGGAGCCAAGAAUGGUGAUCAGGAACAAGACAAAAGAAUUGUCGGUGGUCAUAAUGCUGAUCCCGGUGAGUGGCCUUGGAUUGCCGCACUUUUCAAUGCUGGAAGACAGGUUUGCGGUGGAUCACUCAUCAGCGAUAGGCAUAUACUUACUGCUGCCCAUUGUGUUGCUCAUAUGAAUUCUUGGGACGUUGCAAGACUUACAGUAAGAUUGGGCGACUACAAUAUAAAGACAAACACGGAAAUCCGUCACGUAGAGAGACGUGUCAAAAGAGUUGUAAGACAUAAAGGCUUUGAUGCUAGGACAUUGUAUAAUGACGUCGCUCUAUUGACUUUGAAUGAGCCAGUUGAAUUUUCGGAGCUAAUUAGGCCAAUUUGUUUGCCAACUGGGUCACAGUUGUACAAUGGCAAAGUUGCGACUGUUAUUGGAUGGGGAUCUUUACGAGAAAGCGGACCACAACCAGCAGUGCUGCAGGAAGUCGCUAUUCCUGUGUGGUCUAAUGCUGAAUGUAAAAUGAAAUACGGCGGCGCGGCGCCUGGUGGUAUUGUUGAUAGUUUUCUGUGUGCUGGCCGAGCUGCUAAAGAUUCUUGCUCGGGUGACAGUGGUGGCCCACUGAUGGUAAAUGACGGCAGAUGGACACAAGUAGGAAUAGUAAGUUGGGGUAUUGGCUGUGGAAAGGGCCAAUUUCCUGGAGUUUAUACACGAGUUACUCAUUUCCUACCUUGGAUUUAUAAAAAUCUUAAAUAAAUAAAUCUACAUACAUUCAAAAAAAAUAAAAUAGUGAAAAUUAAAUGAGCGUCCCUUGUUUGUCAACGCAAUAGAAGACUGGGCAUUUAAAUUUAAAUUAGACAAUUAUUCAUAUUUAAUUAUAAAUAUAUAUAUGUUUAUCUUUUUUAUAUAAAACAAAAACGUGUAUCAGUUCAUCAGUACAAUAAUAUUUGUAUUAUUAAAAUUAAUUAUAUUAUUA